UUUUGAUCUAUGCGUUAUAUAGGGAUAUUUAUAAAUUUUCUGAACUAUCAUUUAUUUUACGCCAUCUUAAAUAUGCCUUUCUGAUUCCUUUUCGUUAGCUAUACACGUGAUAAUUCACUAUGUCGUCUCAUUUAAAUUGGAUGAUUAUCCGUAACAAUAAUGCGUUCCUCUUAAAAAAACGCAAUAUUAACAAACCAUUUUCAACGGAAUCUAACAAUUUGACCAAUUUGAGUAGCUACCGUUAUUCUGGUUUGAUUCAUAGAAAAAGUGUUGGUAUUGUUGAUACAUCUGAUAAGAAAGGAUUUACAGUAGUUUAUAAAAAAGCUAAAGCUAUGAAUAAGCCUGCAAAAGCUACAGUUCGAUGCACAAUGAAAGCUGGAGCUCGUCGUUCUUUAUAUAAAUUAAAAAGAUUGCUUACAAAAAAUAAAUAUCGUGUAGAUCUUACUAAGGUUGCAUUACGUCGUGCUAGUGCUGUGUUGCGCUCCCAAAAGCCUUUACCUGCUAAGAAGACUCGAACAACAAAAAAGGCUGAUUAAUUUGUAUAUUAAUAAAUAUACAUUUUAAUA